CUCCCCGCCAGAGCACAAGGUCAACCCCUAAGGAGCGCCCCGUGAACACCCUCGAGCUAGUUUUUUGUCCAUUCCAUUGGGGGAGCAGUAAGCAGUUGAGUCAUGGCCGGAGCAGAGUAAGUUGCUGCCGAGCGAACGGACGACCGGCGAUCGCUAGAUCUGCACAGGGUAGCUUGGAGGAAGCAAGAGGUGAGCAGAAUUAGUUGCUCUGAUUGCCACGACAAAUUCAGUAAGGUUUCUGGAUCUUAGUUUGCUCAUGACCUCACUUGCGUGCAUUAGAGGUUCUUGUAUAUUGUACUUGUAACCUUGUAGGGUUGGAGCGAUGGCCGAUCCGGUGGCCAGCGUGGAGAAGAUCGUCAAACUUGGGCUCGCGAUCAAGAAGGCGGCGGACACGGUUCGCCGGAACGAGGAGGAGUGCCACGAGAUCAGAAAGCGCGUGCUCAGAUUCAGCGCUAUCCUAUCGCAGCUGCAGCAGACGGGGAUGAUGAAUAACAACCCGGCGAUGAGCGCCGCGCUGGAGGAUCUGGAGGAGACCCUCGAACGCGCCCUCGAGCUCGUCACGGCCUGCCAGGAGAGGAGCACCAUCCGCCGUUUCAUCGCAGCAGGGGACCUGUCCAAGCACCUGCAACGAGUGAAAGAUGAUAUCUUGAACAAAGUGAUGCUGGCGUCCUUCGCCAUCAAUACCCACACCACCAUCGUCUUGUUAACUAUUCAGGCUGGUGGUGUUCAUCCUCCUCCCCGGCUGCAACAGGAUACUGGAGUGGUGGAAAUAACACAGAACAGUCAUUCAACUGAUGAUGCUAGAUCUGAAGUGGACGGCGAGAGAAACAACAUACUAGGAGAAAGAGUGGCGUCGUUUGCUCCAUUAGUAGCCUUAAAGAAGUUCAAUUUAUCUGAGUUAAAGGCCGCUAUAAAUGAUGGAAACCUCAUUGGACGAGGUAGUGCUUGUGAGGUCUACAAGGGUGUAUUAAAUGACGGAAAUGUGGUCGCCAUCAAGAAAUUUAAAAGAUCACAUUACUUAGGUUGGGCCCGCACUUAUGAUCAACUUCUUCUGGUUUCAAAGCUUCGGCACAAAAAUAUAGUGAAAGUUCUGGGAUAUGGUCAUGAAGCCGCGGGAUCUUUUUCUGUGAUGCGGUUGUUCAAAGGCAAAGAAAAGGAAUAUAUUUGGGUCGAAGAAUACAUGUCGAACGGAAGCUUGGGCAAGAUUAUCAGAGAGUCCCGACUUGAUUGGUCCUCCCUCUUCCGGAUAAUUGAGGGGGUAGCCCAGGGAGUGCAGUACCUACAUGAGCAGCACGUUGUCCAUAUGGAUGUGAAACCAGCCAAUAUCAUUUUGGAUUAUGAUAUGAAUCCUAAGAUUACAGAUUUCGAAUUUUCUGAGGUGUUGGAUGAUGAUGAGAUCACUCAUUAUGCCGUAAUAGGCACAGUGGGACAUAUACCUCCAGAAUAUAUGAUGGAAAGUAUUGUGUCAAGGAAGAACGAUGUGUACGCUUUUGGCAUCACCCUCUUAGAGACUGUUAGCAUUAUGUGCAUAUCUAAACCACCUAGAAAUAAAUGGGUUUUUCUUCGUUUUUGGAACGUUUGGGAAGCUGGACGAAUGGAGGAGUUAUUUGAUCCUUCAUUGUUUGACGGAUCUCAGCUAAUGGAGAUCAAUAGGUGCGUGAAGGUCGGACUGCUGUGCACCGAAUCUGAUCGGGCAGACCGCCCCAGCAUGGCGGAUGUUCUUGAGAUGCUAAAUGGCAAGAAAGAGUUGCCGACACCAAAGAAACCACACUACACUAUAGAAGAGCGGAUCGUGCAGCCCCAGAUGAGGCUUUAAUUUGCCUCGUACGGCCGUACGUCUUCGCAUAUGUAUCCAAUCAUUCGUUGUCGGUCCAGAUAGUUCGCAUCAGGAUCUAUAGAACCUGGUAUACAUCCAUGGUCUGGUUUUUCCACUCUUCAUUGUUACGCUCUACGAGCAGUUUGAGCUGUAGACAUAUCUCAGUUUCAACAAUUUUUCUACAAAGGUACAGGGGACACACCCUGGCCUGCCAUUUUAUCAGUCUCGUCA